AUGGCGACUGAAGCAGCCGGUAAACGAACGAGGAAGGACGCAAAAGAGCCAGAAAGGGUACCAGAAAAGAAGUCAAAGAUCGAAGAUGACAGUCAGGACGACUUUGGAUUGUCAAGCUUGACCAAAGAGGUGAAGACCGCCAUAGACGCGGCAAUAGUGAAGGCUGGAAACGAGAACUCAAACCUGAGAAAGUGCGUCGAGACUACUCGUCAGGAGCGCGAGAAAAUAGUCGCGGAGUACGAGAGCUUCAAGGAGAAGCUCGACAGGAAGAUUGAACAACAGAGGAGAAAAGACAAGACCGAGUACGCAAACCUUCAGAAACUGUGUACUGAGAAGCUUCGGGAGGCCGAAGAGAUUCUCUCAAAGCAGAAGCGGGAAGCCAAGUCCAUCAGUGUCCUGCGAAAGUCACUGGGCACGAUACUGGAGGAUAGCGCUGAGGGGUUUGAAGACAUUGACUUUGAGGAGUAA